CUCCCCCAUUUAUGUGAUUAAAAAUGAAAACAAUACUAAAGUGUAAAAUGCAAUCUUUAAAAAUGUCACACAACUUUACAUGCAUGCUAGAUUUAGAAUACCGUCUGUAUUUACGAUUUUCUCUUAUUGACUGUCUCCACGCGCACCCACUCCGCAGACGCCCUUAACAGUGUCUACUGGAUCACCCUCAGGUUGGGUCAAACGCUCCUCUUCUCGGCUUUUCGGGCGCAACCGUAUGUCAACAUUCACCAUCUUCAGAUGAGCAGACUGCAAGCGUGGGAGCUGCCGAAGUGGCGAGAACAGCGUUUCCGUCGAUCGAGCGCCAGGCCACCGGUCAGCUCCAGUCCUAUUUUGAGUUGAAGUAAAAGCUACUCCUUAGAUGGCCAGUGCACGUCUUUAAAAAGCGGCUCCCUUCCCACAAAGGAAAUACGACUGGUUCGCAUCUCUCAAGAGUUGGCGUUGGGAUAAGAGAGUGAAAUAUCAGCUGGCCCUGGACAAGGAGAUACUGUGAAUUCCCGGACCCAAUAACGUGACCAAACACCGUGACUCCCAAGAAAACUAGCGUAGGGAGGGCGGCUGAGGAAAUUACUGACACCGGAAGUCACGUGAGCGGCUUCCCCCAAGGUCGCUAUCUCUACAGUCGACUAUUCAGCCUUGCAGGCUCCUCUGGCGGGCUUCGCUGAGAUCCGCUCUUUCGGUGCUCGACUCGCCCGUGCUGCUGCUGCCGCCGAAGGAGGGGCAAAGCUCAAGAUGGCGGACAAAACGCCAGGCGGAUCUCAGAAGGCCAGUUCAAAGACGAGAUCAUCAGAUGUUCAUUCAUCUGGAUCUUCAGAUUCACAUAUGGAUGCAUCUGGACCUUCAGAUAGUGAUAUGCCAAGUCGGACACGACCUAAGAGCCCAAGAAAGCAUAAUUAUAGGAAUGAAAGUGCCCGUGAAAGCCUUUGUGAUUCUCCUCAUCAGAAUCUCUCAAGACCUCUUCUGGAAAACAAACUUAAAGCAUUCAGUAUUGGAAAAAUGAGUACAGCUAAGCGAACUUUAAGUAAAAAGGAACAGGAAGAAUUAAAGAAAAAGGAGGAUGAAAAGGCAGCUGCUGAGAUAUAUGAGGAGUUUCUUGCUGCUUUUGAAGGAAGUGAUGGUAAUAAGGUGAAAACAUUUGUGCGAGGGGGUGUUGUUAAUGCAGCUAAAGAAGAACAUGAAACAGAUGAAAAAAGAGGUAAAAUCUAUAAGCCAUCUUCAAGAUUUGCAGAUCAAAAAAAUCCUCCAAAUCAGUCUUCCAAUGAAAGACCACCAUCUCUUCUUGUGAUAGAAACCAAAAAACCUCCACUUAAAAAAGGAGAGAAAGAAAAGAAAAAAAGCAAUUUGGAACUCUUCAAAGAAGAAUUAAAGCAAAUUCAAGAGGAACGUGAUGAGAGACAUAAAACAAAAGGCAGAUUAAGUCGAUUUGAACCUCCUCAGUCAGAUUCUGAUGGUCAGCGUCGUUCUAUGGACGCACCUUCAAGAAGAAAUAGAUCAUCUGGUGUUCUUGAUGAUUACGCACCUGGCUCACAUGAUGUAGGAGAUCCAAGCACUACUAACUUAUACCUUGGAAACAUUAAUCCACAGAUGAAUGAAGAAAUGCUGUGCCAAGAAUUUGGAAGAUUUGGACCGUUAGCCAGUGUGAAAAUCAUGUGGCCUAGAACUGAUGAAGAAAGAGCCAGAGAGAGAAAUUGUGGCUUUGUGGCCUUUAUGAAUAGAAGAGAUGCUGAAAGAGCUUUAAAAAAUUUGAAUGGAAAAAUGAUUAUGUCUUUUGAAAUGAAGUUAGGUUGGGGUAAAGCUGUACCUAUUCCUCCACAUCCAAUAUACAUUCCGCCUUCUAUGAUGGAACAUACGCUUCCCCCACCUCCAUCCGGACUGCCUUUUAAUGCGCAGCCUAGAGAGCGGUUAAAAAACCCUAAUGCUCCUAUGUUACCGCCACCUAAAAACAAAGAGGAUUUUGAGAAGACUCUGUCGCAAGCCAUAGUCAAAGUGGUUAUCCCAACAGAAAGGAAUUUGCUCGCCCUGAUACAUCGAAUGAUAGAGUUUGUUGUACGUGAAGGGCCAAUGUUUGAAGCUAUGAUUAUGAACAGAGAAAUCAACAAUCCUAUGUUCAGGUUCUUAUUUGAAAACCAGACACCAGCCCAUGUUUACUAUAGGUGGAAGCUUUAUUCUAUUCUGCAGGGAGAUUCUCCAACUAAAUGGCGUACGGAAGAUUUUCGUAUGUUCAAAAAUGGAUCUUUUUGGAGGCCACCACCGUUAAAUCCGUACUUGCAUGGAAUGUCAGAAGAGCAAGAAACAGAAGCUUUUGUAGAGGAACCUAGUAAAAAGGGAGCACUUAAGGAAGAACAGAGGGAUAAAUUGGAAGAAAUCUUGCGGGGAUUAACUCCAAGGAAAAAUGAUAUUGGAGAUGCAAUGGUUUUCUGUCUUAAUAAUGCUGAAGCUGCUGAAGAAAUAGUGGAUUGCAUUACUGAGUCAUUGUCCAUCUUAAAGACACCCCUUCCUAAAAAGAUUGCCAGAUUAUAUUUGGUUUCUGAUGUUUUGUACAACUCUUCAGCCAAAGUUGCUAAUGCUUCAUAUUAUAGAAAAUUUUUUGAAACAAAGUUAUGUCAGAUAUUUUCAGACCUCAAUGCCACCUAUCGUACAAUUCAAGGCCAUUUACAAUCUGAAAACUUUAAGCAACGGGUAAUGACUUGCUUCAGAGCAUGGGAAGAUUGGGCAAUUUAUCCAGAACCAUUUUUGAUCAAACUACAAAAUAUUUUCUUAGGACUUGUAAAUAUUAUUGAAGAAAAGGAAACAGAGGAUGUUCCAGAUGACCUUGAUGGUGCCCCCAUUGAGGAAGAGCUUGAUGGUGCACCUCUGGAAGAUGUAGAUGGAAUUCCUAUUGAUGCUACUCCCAUUGAUGAUCUUGAUGGAGUCCCCAUAAAAAGUCUUGAUGAUGAUCUUGAUGGAGUGCCUUUGGAUGCAACUGAAGACUCAAAGAAGAAUGAGCCUAUAUUUAAAGUUGCCCCAUCAAAAUGGGAAGCUGUGGAUGAAUCUGAAUUGGAAGCACAGGCUGUUACAACUUCUAAAUGGGAAUUAUUUGACCAGCAUGAAGAAUCAGAAGAAGAAGAAAAUCAAAAUCAAGAAGAAGAAAGUGAGGAUGAAGAAGAUACUCAAAGUUCCAAAUCUGAAGAACAUCAUUUGUACUCUAAUCCAAUCAAAGAAGAAAUGACUGAGUCCAAGUUCUCUAAGUACUCUGAAAUGAGUGAGGAAAAACGAGCCAAACUUCGUGAAAUUGAGCUCAAAGUUAUGAAGUUUCAGGAUGAAUUGGAAUCUGGGAAAAGACCUAAAAAACCAGGCCAGAGUUUUCAGGAGCAAGUAGAACACUACAGAGAUAAACUUCUUCAACGAGAGAAAGAGAAAGAGUUAGAAAGAGAACGAGAAAGAGACAAGAAAGAUAAAGAAAAAUUGGAAUCUCGCUCCAAAGACAAGAAGGAAAAAGAUGAGUGUACUCCGACAAGGAAGGAAAGAUCACCAUCUGGUUCAAGGACACCUAAGAGGUCUAGGCGAUCACGGUCUAGAUCCCCUAAAAAAUCAGGGAAGAAGUCCAGAUCCCAAUCCAGAUCUCCACACAGGUCUCAUAAAAAGUCAAAGAAAAACAAACACUGACGUAAAUUUUUAAGAUGCUGUCACUUAUUGGAAAUGCGAUUUGUUUUGUGCCUGAACGGUCUGUUUUUUAAAAAAACAAAAACAAAAAAUCAAAUGAAAGAGCAUUCCUGGGGUUUUUUGUUUGUUUGUUUGUGUAUGCAUGUGUAAACUCAUGAGCAACUGCAUCUGUAGAUGUCAUUGUUUUAUAUUGUGUAAAUUACUUUCAUUGUGGCUAUUUCUCAAGAUGAAAUUUUUAUUGUUCUAAUGGAUUUCAUCAGAAAUGUGUAUAAUGGAUCUGCUGACAGUAGUAGUAUUUUGUUUUAGGAUGUUGUGACUUAGCAAAAAUAAUACAGAUGUCUUCCCCCCUUUUGUAGCUUUGACAAUUUGAAUUAGAUUUCAAAUAAAAUCUGAACAGAAAACUAUAAUGUUGUUUUUUUGCCCCACCGGUGAUAUUAAGUCCCUUAAAGUCCUACUGAGUUUCACACUACUGUUGUGUUUCUUAUACCUGAUGCACUUUAUAAGCCCCAGUGUCAAGUAGCUUAAGUUUUAUAUUUACUAAGAUGACUAUCCAAAUUAAGGAACCUGAGACUCCUAUUUGGUGGUUUGCUAACCAUUCUGUUUGAUAAGUUUCUCUUGGGUAAUGCUAAUACCCAGAUAUCAAAGACUAGAUAGAUAUGGCAUGGCGUUUUGUUAGUGGAAUGCCUGGAUAAAACAUUUUUUCACAGAAGCAAUAUGAUUUCCAUACAUCCAACCUAUGUUCUGAGCAACUACUUACUUUUAGGGGGAAAUUAAAUAUCUUUUCAAUUCCUCUUCUAUUAUGAAAGAAGUUUAUUUGUCAAACAGAUUUUCUAACAAGGUUUGCCCAUAGAAUUCUCUUGUAUGAUUGUUGACCUUUUAUAAUCUUCUGUAGGCUAUCUUUCAAACACUGGCAUCAGAAUAUUUUUUACAAGUUUCUGUUUAAACAGCUUAGUUGGUUCCCCGCCUACUCCUCCACCCCCGCCCCCAAGAGACUUGGGUUUAGUUGUAGCUUUAAGUAAAAUUUAAAAAUAAAAUGUAUUUCAGGAAACUUAGUAUCUAAUGGUUUGUAAAUUCAAGGUGCAAGAAGUUGAUUUAAACCAUUUGCAGAGUUGAACUCUUAUGAAAAUAAAUUUGCUAUGGUAUGAGGAAGAAAUAAAACUUGUGUAAUGUUGGUCAUAAUACUGCUAUAAAUAUAAUAAAGGGUUAUGUAGAAUUGAACUGACACUAUUAUUUGUGAAUCUUGAUUUCAGUUUUUUAUGUAGACACUUUAUACAGUGGUUUGAUGGGUUUUUUUUUUCCUCCCUAAAAGAGAAAGUAGAAAACUAUUCUAACAAUGGAUUAUUUUGAUUUAGCUUGCUUUUUUAAAAAAUCUUUUCAACUUGUUUUACUUAAUCUUGCCUAGUCACAAAAUAAGAUAUGCUGUACCCAUGGUUUGAAGAGUAGCUAUAUUAGUUGAGCAGUGGGAUAUACUGUUUCCAAACGGUGCACACCCACAGUAGCUUUGGAAAUGAGCCAAUCACUGUUUUACUUAAUGGUUCUUAUCAGCAUGCAAAUAUUGCUUGAAAGUCAUUUCCUUAUUCACUGUUUUGUUAGUCCAUUUUGUUAGGAAACAUUACUUCCUAAAAAUUUGUUCAGAAUAAUUAAAAGUGAACAUUUGGUGCUGAUACUCAAAAACCUAUAAAUGUAGCCAUUUAAAAAAUAACAUGUUUUUCUCUCCUGUUCAUUGCCUGGGAGAAUGGAAUUUUAUAUAACUACCUUUCUUUGCAAAAAUAACGGUAGUGUCGAGUUGGUGGUGAUUUUGGCAUUCCAUUUUACACUAGUUUCUAGUAUAGGCUUAGAAAUAAUUGGUCAGGUAAUAAUCUUUCCAGUCAAGUUGCAAGGGAUGCUUAUUUCUCUCUCUUUAAAAAAAGACAUCCUUCAGGAUUGAGUAGAAAAUUUUAGGUCAGUUUUGGGUGCUUAUUUGUAAUAUUUUUCCUACUGCAUUGGAGUUUAGCAGUUCUUUUUUUCUGGAUCCACAUACAAGUAUCAUAGUUUAUCUUACAGUGGGUGAAACUGACUUUCUUUUGGUUGGGUGGGUAAGGAUUUCUUAGGCCUGAUAGAAUAUAUAUUCUGUGUAAUUUGUUAAUGUACGUAUUAGAUUGUAUUGGAUUUUUUUUCUUGAAUUUUUAGUGGUAUUAUUAGAUAGGUUAUUUCCAGUUUUACUUCAUGACAAAAUAUCUAGAGUAAACCUACUCUAGAUAAAUCCAUGAGUAUAAAAUCAUAGAGUAAAUCCAUGAGUAAACCUCAUGGAUUCUAUGAAAGUUUAAUGGGAUCAGAAAUUGGUGACUUAUAAGGGGGAAGAUAUUCUACCAUAUUUUUAUAAUAACAUUAUUCAUGUUUCUUGUCUGAAGGACACUCAAGUUACAGAGCAAAAUUUCUAUAGAUUCACUAGAAUGUUCAUAGGCAUGGUCUUCCAGUUACAGGAAAGGUCAUGUUCUAUCUGUGGACACCUAUUGUCCUCUACCACAGCUACAUGCCAGAGUUGUUUUCCACAGAUCUUAUAAAGAGCAUGAUUUAGGCUCUUUACCCUCCAACUUAGUGUUUAUACACAGGGAUUGUUUACUAGGUUAAUGACAUUUAACUCCCCUCUCUUCUGUAGGUGAGGGAAAAUAAGUAAAUGUUGGUCUGUUUCUUACCAAAGAGAGACAGACCUAUGAUGGAAAAUGAUCAUGUCUCUGAAUUUUUUCUUUAACGAUAUAGUUCCUUGUUAUAGAUAGUAAGCAUAUGGGAAUUGCUGAGCUAUAAUGUUGAGAAGUUAGAAAUUAAAACUAACACAACAAAAAGUGCUGAAUCAAAAGAUGCUUUUAUUUGGCUCAGAAUAUUUUUGGCUUUUCUGCUAAGGGUGGCAGACGUUACUCUACACAGACCUGAUUUUUCUUUAUUGCAGACCAUUCUCGUGGGCUUACCCUGAGACUUUAUCCCAAUUAAUGAAUCUUGGAGGGAAUACUUGCUUAUUUAUGACUUACGUAUUUCCCCCCAAACUUUAAUAUUCUUGAGCACUUGAAAAUACUUUUGAGAAAUUUUAACUGUGAUUAAAUUUAGGUUUAUUAGAAAUAUUCUGUACACAUUUGCCUCCAUGGUGGCAUAAGUUCUGAAAAAUAUGACCAUGACAAUAGUUUAUCAUCAUCAUUGUUAUUCAAAAUAAGGGUGAAUAAAUCUCUGUAUUGCCAAAGUGACUUAAACUGUUCUGAUGACCACACAGUGUGAUUUCUUUAGCAGAAAAAGUUGGUUUUAAAAAUAGUACCACUUUUCUAAGACUGUACAGUUUAAAAAUAAGAGUUUUUGUUUGUUGUUUUCCUCUUCUGUUAAGUUUUAGUGAAAAGCCUUAUUAAAGAAAAUUGUGCAGAUACUAGUGAGGAUACUAGUACAAGUUUAAAGGAACAUGUGACUGUAAAAUCUCACAUUUACAAAGUCCUUGGUCUCUUCAUAUUUCACACGCAUGUUUUAGAAUAGAUUUUAGGGAGUGUUUAAUUCAUUAUCCUUUUGACUUUUAAAAUUUUUGUUACCAACUUCGUAGGACUUAGAUAAUAUAUAAAUAAGUGCAAAUUCCAGGGGAAGUGUUGAGAUGAUAGACUGAAAGGUGGGAAUGUGCUGCUGUUCCGUGAGCCUGGUUCCAUUGUUGAAAAUUUGAUGCCUCAGUGUUUAUUCAGUACCACCUCAUGGAGCUUCAAUGUAAAUGGAUUAUAUGUAUAAUUGGUAAUUUGUAUAGUUUUGUAGAUUGUAGAUUAAAUGCACUCAUCAUGUCACAUGUAAUUGUGCUUGGAGUAUUUGUGUUUUAUUAUUUUACUUCAACGGGUUCUUGUCUGUUACAUCUCUGGUGAUUUGAAAUAUUAGGAAAGACAGUUUGUCAGAAAUGAGAAUAAUAUAGUUGAAAUCAGUUGGGCUAAAAUAUUCUACAGCAAGACAAUUUCUUUUGGGUGAACUGAUUCUAUAAUUUACUUACUUUUGAUGUAAGGAUUAGGUUUAUUGUUGAGCUGCUUUCCAGAUCAGACUGUCACUUUAUAGUUUUUCUACAUAAAGAUUAUAUAGUUGCAAACAAAGGUUGUGAAAUUUCCCUUUUGUUGUUUUUGACUUUUAAUUAAUAAAAGUACAUUGUUUUCAUAGCAAA